AUGAUCACCAGUGGAAUCUCACACAACUCCUCAGCUAGAUCGUCCAGGUCGGAGAUCGUAAAGCGUCUUGCCGAACAGGAGUCACACAGGAAACUUGAGGAGCUCCGGAGAAAAGCAGAUGAGGAGAAAGCAAGGGUCCAAUUCCAGGCCAUGCAGAGGGGAAUUGAGAUUGACUCAGACUAUAGGCAGGCAGAGAUUCAAGUAGAGACUGAGAGACUGCAACAUGAACUUGAUGUUGUUGAACAAGAAGAGCGAAAUCAAAUGGAGUCAGGUCAUAACUUGCCGGGUCGGGAUGAGUCAAUCAAAAAUAGAACAAGUGCAUGGGUAAACAACGGGGUAAGUAUCUCUGAGCCCACCGUGUUUACGCCGGCUGGUACUGAUACCUCAGUGAAUCCUUGCACAUAUAUGCCAGUGUCUGCGCCAUUGCUGCAGCCCAGCAUUGCCACCUCCAUGACAAGUUACGUUUCUCACGGGGCGGCGAGCGCGCAAGCAACAAGUUCCUUGCCACAUUCCUUUAACCCAAAUCUUCCCGCAUUUUUACCUAACACCAUGUUAGUUCAGUCUUUGCCCACAGUUCGUUUGUUCAAUGGUGUACCAGUUGCACAGUUCCCGUCUAUCAGUGGCGCACCAACAACAAAAGGAUUGGGUGGUCAGUGCUCAACGCAACGUGGUCCUCCUAGUCAGCAGCCUGCAGGGAACGACAAGGGUCCGGGACCGCCAACCAGUAGAGCAGACGUUUCCAGUGGUGAAGAGCAGAGUGAACCAAGUUCCUCGGGUGAUGAUGACCCAUCAGAGGGUGAUAGAGGUAACAAGCAUUCAUGCUGUCCUAAGGGAACUUCCAAAGCGACGGACAAGCCCCUAACUCCUGUUGCCAAUGCCAGUAACAGUCCUGUGACAGCUUUCACAGGCCCAUACGGCUGUGGCUUUGGAAUUUGGGACAGUCUCCCGAAGCUGGACAUCCCUAAGUUUGACAGUGAGCAUGAUGUUAGGCAGUACGUUACCUUUAGGACAUUGUGGGACAGCAUCAUGAAGGGCCCUAUGUGCCACCUACCAGAGGCCACCAAGUUCACCUACCUGCGAAGUCACCUUGGAGGUCGUCUACUUGCUAUCGCCGAUCGCAACCUCAUCUUGGGAGAUGGAGCAUAUGCCGCCACAAUGAAGCAGUUUCACAAGGCAUAUGGAGAUCCAGCACGAAUAAUCCAAGGCCUACUCGAUCAGCUGGAGUCUCGUCCUGUCCUGGCUCACAACGAUUGGUCUGGACUCCGUGACUUCUCUGAUGAGCUAGCUACUGCAGUAGAGACAGCAGAAAAAUUCGACUUCCGCGAUGAACUUAAGCAUCAUCGCUAUGCCACUGAACUGGUAAAGAAAUUACCUGAAAGGCUGCAUUCAGAAUUCCUUUCCAAAAUGUGGAAUCAAGACCAAGGUAUGAAAUACACCGUACAUCAUCUCAGCCAGUGGUUAAAAAAGAAGACCGGUCCUGCUGGUUUGAUCCUCCUAGAAAGGGCAAGCAAGUCGAAGUCCACCAGGGAGUCCUCACCGUGGAAGAGUCAAGGGCAGAAGAGGUCUUCUGGAAGCCAACCACAUCCAUCGAGGUCUUACAUGGCCCAAGCUGGUCCUCAGUCGGCAACAGCUACGCCAACAAUCAAGAAUAAGAAGGCCAACUGGGAGGCUAAGGCCCAAAGUCCAAGCAAAACAUCUGCAAUGACUCCUGAGAGGAUUACUUGUCUGUACUGCAAAGUAAAAGAGACAGGCCAUUACCUGGAGACUUGCGAAAAAUUCAAGGGACUGAAACGGGACCAGAAACUCCAGUGGUUGACAACAAACCAGCGCUGCAGAAAAUGUGCUAAGAAGCACGAAAAGGAUUGCCUGUAUCCAAAAAAGUGUGAAGAAUGCCACGCUGACCAUCGCACCAGUCUCCACGAACUCAAUGAGCCAACAGUAAAAGAAGCUGUAUUGUGCUCAGGAGUUGGGCCUAGUCCAAGAGUUGACUACAACCGUGAUGUGCUGAUCAAAGUUGUACCACUCACUGUUCAUGGACCUGGGGGUAGCAUCGACACCUUCGGCGUGUUGGAUGAAUGCGCCGAAAGGACCAUGGUUCUCCAGUCAGUUGUGGAACAGUUGGAUAUUUCAGGCCACAAAGAGAAUCUUUGCAUUACCACAGUGAUGGGCGACACUAAAUGGAAGGGAGAGUGUGUCAACUUUCAGGUCUCGGCUCGGGGAGACGGCGAAAAGUAUGCUAUACAGUGCGCAUUCACUGCCCCAGAUGUUCAACUGGUCGAUUACAGUGUGUCCGCAGAACAGCUACAAGACAAGUGGCCUGACUUAAGAGGGCUAGCCUUGUUUUCUGCCCAUAGAGUUCAACCGUCUGUGCUAAUCGGUGCAGACCAUGUUGAACUCACGCUCUCAUCUGAAGCCCGCUCUGGUCCAAAGUCUAGUUCACCUGUGGCGGUGAACACCUUGUUUGGCUGGACUGUUCUUGGUCACCAAGGUCUGCAGAUCCCUGGCAAAACUUUGGAAGGCCAAAGGGUUUUGUUCACUUCAUGCACCUUACAGCAACCAGACCAGAAGCUGCACCAGAUGAUGGAGCAAUUUAUGACAGUUGACAAGUUACCGCAGGUAAAUGAGAAACAGGCAACCCGCUCAAGGAAUGACAAGUUGGCCAUAAGCAUCUUGGAGGAGAACACCAAGGAAGUUGAAGUUGAUGGUGUGAAACGACUAGAGACCCCGCUUUUGUGGAAACCUAACCACAAGAGACCUUCCAAUCUCCCACAAGCAGUACUGGCAUUGGCCCGCUCAAACCAGAGGAAAAUUGAACGGAACCCAGAUUUGUCUGAUUAUUGUCGCUCAUACAUCCGGAAGCUCCAAGACCAGGGACAAGUGAGGAACCUUGGACCGGUGGAUGAUUUGUCGGCGGACCAGCAACAGGGUUGGUACAUUCCAUGUCAUGUUGUGCACAGCAGUGAAAAAAACCGUCUAGUUUUCAAUUGCUCGUUUGAGUGUGGUGGACAGAGCCUCAACCAUGAAUUGCUUGCUGGUCCAACUUUAGGUCCAUCGCUCUUGGAUGUUUUCUUGCGUUUUCGUCAGGGUAAGGUGGCAGUGUUGGGCGAUAUUACCGCCAUGUUCCAUCAAGUCAGACUUCUUCCUGAAGAGCGACGAAUGUUCCGAUUUCUUUGGAAAGAUGACCAGCUUGACAAGUGGGUUGUCUUUGAGUGGAUGGUGCUGCCUUUCGGGGCUGCAUGCAGUCCCUGCUGUGCAGCAUUCGCCCUUCAGAAAGCUGCUAGGGACCGGGUCGAGCAGUAUCCACAGGUUCAGUAUACAGUAGAGAAAGAGACGUAUGUGGACAACCAGCUGGCCAGCCGAGAUAGCGAACAAGAAGCAACCGAACUUGUUCUUGGCACACGCAAAUGCCUACAAGAAGUAGGAUUUCAGAUGGUGAAAUAUGCAAGCAGUCACCCCAAAACACUUCAAGGUCUUCCUGUGGAGGCAUGCUCAACUCGUCAGGUGCAGUCAUUGUCCCUGGGUCUACAAGAAGGCGAUCCGGAACCGGCUCUGGGAUUAUGUUGGGACUGGAAGAGUGAUGAGUUGCAUCACCCAGCGAAGGUUCCAGACAACCAGGUGCUGACUAAGCGCAUCGCUCUCAGAGUCCUUGCCAGUCAGUUCGAACCACUGGGGGAUAUUGCACCGUUCACUGCAAGAGCCAAGUUGUUGGUUCGUGACCUGUGGUUAGAAAAGUUGGAUUGGGAUGAGAGGGUGACAGACACCGGCUUGACCCAGAGGUGGGAGGAGUGGUGCACCGAGUUGGAACACAUCCCACAGAUGCGCCUGCCGCGGUGUUACACACCACCAUCGGUUGACACAGCAACAGCAAAGAGGUCUCUGCAUAUAUUUUGUGAUGCGUCAGAGAAGCUGUACGGAGCAGUUGCCUACCUGCGUACAGUUGACAGCCAAGGGGAGGUCCAUUUGAGCUUUGUAUUGGCCAAAUGCCGGGUUGCACCAAAGCGCCUACUAUCCAUGCCACGUCUUGAGCUGAUGGCAGCUCUCCUCGGUGCCCAAAUUUGUCAAGUUGUCCUCGAAGCCCUGACAGUUGAGAUCCAGUACACUCUGAUGUGGAGCGACUCCACCACAGUACUCAGCUGGAUUCAGUCAGAGUCAUGCCGUUUCAAGGUAUUUGUUGGAACCCGCAUAGCUGAGAUACAAACAUUGACUGAUGACAUUGAGUGGCGCUACGUCCGGAGUGAGGACAAUCCUGCUGAUGAUAUAACCCGUGGCUUACCGGUUUGCAAGCUGGGAGAAGGCUCAAGGUGGACUGAGGGCCCAAAGUGGCUUCUGGAUCCACAAGAGGAAUGGCAGAAAGACAGUGCAAGUGUCUUGGCCCAAACUCGUGUCAACUCAUCAGUAGAACAGAAUGAAAUAAGGAGUGUCUCCUGUGGACUCACAGUUCCUACUUCAGAGGUAGACGUUGAUUUCAAAGCCUUUCCCAGUUGGGGAGAGUUGGCACAGAAGGACACCUUCAAGGAGGAAGUCACUGCACUUUCAUCCAAUAAGGAAUUUUCUCGUAAUAGUCGUCUGCUGGAAUUGGCGCCUGAACUUGACCCAGCUGACAAAUUGAUCAGAGUUGGAGGUCGGCUCAGAAGGGCAGCCAAAAACGACUCAAUUUCUAUUGAACCUCAUCCAGUCGUACUUGACCCACAUCAUCCUGUGACCAAACUCCUGAUAAAGGACGCUGAUGCCUAUCUCAGUCAUCAAGCUGGAACUGAACAGGUGUUUGCCCGUUUGCGACGCCGAUUUUGGAUCCUUAGGGGACGCAGUGUGGUCAAGGGAAUCUUGCAUGCUUGUCCUGGAUGCCGUCGCUGGCGAGGAACACCCAAGGUCCCACGUAUGGGUGAUCUUCCAGUGCGCAAGUUGCGUUUGGGAAAACCACCUUUCUACUCGACAGGAAUGGACUGUUUUGGGCCCAUGACAGUUAAAAUUGGGCGAAGACAGGAAAAAAGGUGGGGGUUGCUUUUUAAGUGCAUGACCACUCGUGCCGUGCAUCUUGACCUUCUCGAGAGCCUUGAUGCAGAUCACUUCCUGAUGGCCUACAGGCGCUUUGCCUCCCGCAGAGGAGUUCCGUUUGAACUUCUAAGUGACUGUGGAACCAACUUUAAGGGGGCCAAUACAGAAGUCGAGCAGACCUUGAAGGCAAUGGAACCAGAUAUUGUCCAGCGACUUGCCAAGUAUCGAGUCAAGUUCAAAUUCAAUCCCCCCAACGCACCCCAUUUUGGGGGUACCUGGGAGCGGGAGGUCAGGUCAGCCAAAGGGGCACUAAAGGCUGUACUUGGAGAUAGGACAGUAACAGAUGCUGUGUUACGCACCGUGCUAGUGGAGGUCGAAGGCAUCCUAAAUUCAAAACCUCUUGGAUACGCUUCAUCUGAGAUAGCCGACGUGGAUCCGGUUACUCCAAAUAUGCUCCUGAUGGGAAGACGGGAUCCAGCGCUACCAAUGGUAGUCUAUGACGAGAGCGAACUGAGGGGUCGUAGGAGUUGGCGGCACAGCCAAGUGCUAGCUGAUCAAUUUUGGCGUCACUUCGUUAGGUCCUAUCUUCCUAGCCUUCAAACCCGCCAGAAGUGGCAAAGGGAAGAGGAGAACCUGUCGGAAGGAAAUGUUGUUAUGAUAGCGGAUCCUCAGCUAUCAAGGUCGCAGUGGCCAGUGGGUACUGUUACUCAAGUCUUUCCCAGUGACGACAAGCGAGUAAGGGUGGUCAACGUUCAAGUGAACAACAGAGUCUACAAGCGUCCUGUUGCCCGGCUCAUAAAACUAGCCAAGUAUGACGAAGGUGAUACUCCCGGUUUGACCAAGGUUUUACUCACCCAGAUCCCCAUUCCCUUUAGGCUCUGUGGCAUUAGGAACUGA